GUCCAGUCCAGUGAGUGUUCCCUGUCCAGUAGUAAAAUCGUGACGGUGGUGAUCCCCUUCGGACCCAGUGAACUUCCUUUUAAUUUAGGUUAUACAAAUGUCACACCUCACCAAGGUUGUUACACUCUGACCUCCACUAUAAGCACGCGUGUGGUUCUAUGUAUUAAUUAAUACUAUUUAUAUGAGUGAUCCGAAUGAAAUCAUAAACAUAUCACGCAUCGUUACGUUAGCAAUUUUUUGUCGGUAAAGAGUAUUUACGAAAAACCACAUAAAGUAAAUUAUAAUAUGCAGCCUAUUUGACUAAAAAAGAGUUUUCUUAAAAGUGUUAUGCCUAUUUGUUAUGUAUAUUACAGUGUAAUACGACAACUGUAAGAUUUCCUACCUUUGAUGUCAGUUUCUGCUGCUAGUUUUGCGACGUAAUUUUAAGGAAUUUCUAAGAGCUCACCCACGAGUAUGGUAUCGACCGCCGGCCUAGUCCUGGUGUUGGCUGUCGUCACCCAAGUGCUGGGCGUCAUCCAAGACUGCAUGGAGAUUCCUACAGAGCCCAACUUUAAAAUGGAGGACGUGGAGGGCAACUGGUACCCGAUGGAAAUAGUACUGCACCGGAACGACUCCAAGAUCUAUGGGAUUCCGACCGAGCCAAACUGCCCUACUGUGACGUUCAGUGUCGGUCCUAAGAACAAGAAGACCCUGACAAUGGUUUGGAACUCGACCGCCGGUGAUUUGGAUUAUAAGUUCACCCAGAAAGGGCUGAAAAGUCAGUGGCAGUCCUCCGGUGAACAGACAGGUACGCUGGUUAGCGAUGAUCAGUACAAGCAUUAUGGAGGAAUUGUUCGCGUGUUAAAACUGGACGACGACUACAUGUUCUUGAGCUUCUGCUCCUCAAAACUGAGGCUUUUGAGCACUGUAGCUUUUUCUCGCACAGAAAACAUGCCGAAGGACGUUUAUGAGGAAACUCUAGGAGUCCUGGAAGCUAAACAUUACAAACGGGCAAAAGAGAUCCACACUCGUCCUUGCCAGGAAGAGGACAGCAGCAAUCACCUGGGUUCGACAUUUCUUCUGAUCCUGAUCACUCUGACGGUACCCUUGUGGCACUAGCAUCUAGAUGAGCCUGAUAUUUAUCGUGUUUAGCAGAUUCAUUUGUUGCAAUAUGCCUCGUUUGCUGCAUUCCCAUUAGUCUGCAUGAACCCCGGUUAUGUUAUGUUUGUUGUCGUUCUAGGAGAAUCUUCGUUGGCUCCCAAGCGAAGGAUAUCAUUUUGUCACCAUCACCAUUAUCAUCAACAUCAUAUCAUAGAAACAUUGCCAUAGCUACGAUCAUUAUCAUCCUUCAUACAUAUGUAAUAGUACCCGUCAUUGCUUAUGUUUGUUAACAAAAAAUAGAGGGUUUGUGGCUCUUGCGAGGAUUAUAGUCUAUAAAUGAAAAUUAUUUUAUGACCCAUUUAUAUUUACUUACUUAGCAUUAAUUGUAAAGCAAUGUUUAAAAACUUUCAUGAAUAAAGGAAAUUGUUUUGAUCGGCAUGAAGUUACGAAUGUUGUGCAAAGAGAAUAUAAGAAUGUCAGUACGUGAAUGUGGCCUUCUUACUGUAUGAAACGUUGUGAUUCUUUCAUUAACUACAAAUAUUAUGUAUUCGUCAUUGGUACUUUUGAUCUAUCGUUUCGCUGCAAGACUUCAACUACACCUACGGAAGAAUUGACAGGUCUCGUUAGCCAACUCUCAUUGUCACUUAGCCCUUACACCCUUGCUCUCAUGCAGUCGGCCCUGGCUCCUCCGUCCCACAGCGUAGAACCCUUGGCGCUUUCUUAGACGCAUGCGUAGAAGCUAUUUGUAGAGUUGUGCUUUGUUUACUUUUUGUAACUUUUAAAAGGAUGUAGGAUUAAGCACAGAGAAGUUUCAAAACACUCCAGAUUUACUGAGGAGGAUUUUGAAAACGAUUUAGAUUUCUUGGAUAUGUUAGAAGUACAAUAGUUGGAUUAUUGUUUAUUGUUUAUGGAUUAUACGAGUUCUUACUAUCAAUAGGCCUACUUGUUGUUGGUUGUCAAAUCCAAACAAAACUACAAACUUGGUUAUCUAUAUUACAUACGAAUGGUAUAAUUGAAUGUAUUGAAUUUUAAUUAUUUAUGUAUAAAACGUGUAAUGUAAAUCCCUUUCUCAUAUAUAUUAAGUGUCUUGCGCUUCUGAUGGUAUCUAUUGUAAAUAAAAUGCACUGGGAAAAAGCAUUUGUUUUCUUAUAGUAUGUGUUAACGUUGUGUCAUCUUACGUAUAUUACUAAGGGAGAUUUUUAAUAAGUUACUUCUAUCAAUUACAAAUAAAAAAAGUUUCAUUUAACUUGAUGUCAUAUAAUUACAAUUCAGAGAUUAAAUUUUUAGUCUUUCAUAUAAAACCAGCUGUGAAAUGCUGAAGGUUUCAGUAAUCGAUUAUUGUCUCGGUAUAACAGCCUCUAAAUAUCAGCAUCACUUACCAAGGUACUUGUUACAAUUAAACUUGUAUCUCCCAACACUAUUGAUUAAUUGUUUUAAAUUCUCUACGCACGUGUUAAACUGCCCAAAUGUAGUAAAUUGCUUUGUGACAAACUGCGAUAUACUAACACACAAUGUGAUCAUUACACCACAGUAGGCUACUCACACACUUUCACAGCUAGCUGGUUUACGGUCAUUGUAUUGAGAUACUGUGUUCUCUAACCUUUCUUUCGACGUUAUGAAAUGAUCAAACAACAACAUUCUUAGAAUUUAUUAAAUGAGACGGCGACACCAUAGAUUACAAUAAGACCAAAUAGAUGGGCUAUGCCUAUCUUGCCAACAUUGGGGCAGGUGAAGCCAGGUCCGCCAUGUUCUUGUGGGAUAGAAACUCAAAACUACGCUCCGAUUAGUGUAAAAAUUCAGUUCUCCCGUCUCAAUCAACUCGUGAUCUACCCUACUUAGAAUAAAGAAAAUACUUUGAAACUUGGUAUGAGUGAAUUCAAUAAGCUAUGGAUACCUGUGGUAUCAUUCAAAUGUUCAAAAAAUUUAGUUUUGCAAUUUAAAUAAUUAAAUAAAGUCGAGAAUUAUGUUUACAUUUUAAAACUUGACAUAAAAAAGUUAGUCGGCUGCUACUUUUGCCGUUUUU